GAAAUGACAUCAUAUCUCCGGUUCAGAUUAUAAAUGUGAUCAGCUGUCAGUCAGUUCUCUCUCCCACCCCCUCUAUACACACACACACCAAAUUCUGUAUAAUAAAUAAAAUGUUACGGCUGACAUCACGUAAACAAGAAAUAAGGCUGUUACUCCUUGCAUUAACAACAACAAAACCCUUUUUAAAAGCUGGAGAACCCGCACUAUUUAGUCCUGUGCUAUACGAUUUGGGACACAACCCAUGGUUUAAGCAGGUGUUUCUUGUGUCCCCACUUUUUUACUCCGUGUCACUCUGUUCCACCCUCCGCCCCUUUCGUUGUCCCGUCUUCUUUGUGUUCAUAAAAGUCCUGAGUGUCGCCUUUCUUUUCUCACACACUGCACAACCUGCAGCUCCAAACCUUCACUUCAGUGUCUUCAAAUCAAUAAGCAACAUGCUGUGGAAAUCAAGGACAAAGUCGGAUCCCUACUGCGUACAAGAGCGCUCUGAUGGGAUCUCGGGCUCCUCACCGAGACUGUCUCAGCUCUGCUCUCUGAAUCAGACGGCUUACUCUGCGGCUCCUCCGCUGUGCCACACUCCGGCCUCGGACUUCCAGCCGCCGUACUUCCCUCCUCCUUAUCCACAGGCGUCGCUUUCCUACUCGCAGGCACAAGACUCGGGAUACCCGCACCUGGCCGACCCGUACCAGUCCAUCAGCUCCCUGCAUCAGCACCAGCAGGCCGCCUGGCACCCCCCGCGGGGCCGCAACCCGGAGGACGCGGGAGUCCUAUCACAGCCACACCGUGCACUGAGCCUCGAGCCCCGGCGUGAAUAUCCCGGUGUUCCCCGGCUUCUCCAUGCGCUUGGUGAGGGAGCAGGAGCGGGAGCGCUUGGAGAUGCGCCGCUCAGCCUGCACGCAUCACAGCACGGCAAUGAGGAUCUGCAGGGUAUGGAGGAAACAUCAUCCCUGGGAAUCUUGGAUCACUCUGUUAUCAAGAAAGUUCCAGUCCCUUCCAAGUUGAACGGCUCUGCUCUGUCUGUCUUGUCCUUUGGUAAAGACGGUUUGGGUCUCGGCGGUGUGUCCAACCCAGCUGAGGUCUUCUGCUCGGUUCCUGGACGCCUGUCUCUCCUCAGCUCUACGUCCAAGUACAAGGUGACAGUGGGAGAGGUCCAGAGGAGACUGUCUCCUCCUGAGUGUCUCAACGCCUCGCUGUUAGGAGGAGUGCUGCGGAGAGCAAAGUCAAAGAACGGCGGCCGCUGCCUCCGUGAGCGUCUGGAGAAGAUCGGUCUCAACCUUCCUGCCGGUCGCCGCAAGGCAGCUAAUGUCACACUCCUCACAGCCCUAGUGGAAGGUGAGGCAGUCCACCUGGCACGAGACUUUGGUUAUGUGUGCGAGACAGAGUUCCCAGCGAGGGCGACUGCAGAGUACUUAUGUAGGCAGAGUGAUCCAGACCACCUCCCCACACGGAGAAGCAUGCUGCUGGCCACCAAGGAGAUCUGCAAAGAGUUUGUUGACCUCAUGUCCCAGGACAGGUCACCGCUGGGUGCAAGUCGACCCACACCGUGCCUGGAGCCCGGGGUUCAAGGCAGCUUGACUCACUUCAGCCUGCUCACCCAUGGCUUUGGCACUCCAGCCAUUUGCGCUGCCCUCUGCGCCUUCCAGAGCUACCUGCUGGAAGCCCUCAAACUGCUGGACAAAGCAGAGGGAGGCGGCAAGAGCCACCAGGAGAAAGACCUGAAACACUGCAAAUGAGGCAGCGGUGCAUAUCCGGCAACAUCGCAAAGACUGAGCUCUUCCACAGCCUUUAGAAGAGAGAGAGAUAGAGAGAGAGAGAGUGUGGGUGUGUGUGUGUGAGAGAGAGAGAGAGAGAGAGAGAGAGAGAGAGAGAGAGAGAGAGAGUGUGUGUGUGUGUGUGUUUACAUGUGUAUUUAUGUGUGCGGGUGUGUGUGCUUGUUAUCCGAAUCUAACUGAAUCAGCUGCUGGAUUUGAUUCAAUCUCUGUAUUACCGGAUCAAUUAGGAUGUGAUGUCCUCUGGAGAGAGAGAGAAAGAGAAAGAGAGUGCAUGAUUCAUAGCUUCUCACUUCUCUGAAUUGUGGGGUGGACAUUCAGAACAGCGCCCCUGUGUACUCGCCCUGUGUUUCACUGAAAUCCGAGCCACAGGAACUGCAAAAGGCAGCUAGAGAUGCCGCACAGUGCUGACGGAAGCGCUCGUUAAGAAACAAUGCAAAUAUCGUCUUUUUGUACUCCCUACUGUAUGUUUGUUACCCAUGAUGUUAUUAUUAUUAUUAUUAUUAUUGUAUUUCAAGGUAAAUGUAAUAUAUUAUUAAAACGAAAUAAUGGUGUGCCUGGUUAAUACAGCUGGUGUAUUUGUCCUUACUGGGUUUAUAUAAAACACAUACAGCACAUGUUUUUCACUGUUUUUAUAUCAAUCACAAUUUUUUUUAAUUAAAUCACAUUCCAAGAUAUUUCUCAUGAUCAACCCCCCCCAAAAAAACUCAAUACAUACUAAAUAACUUAAUAAUUACUAAGAAUAAUAUAAUAAAUAAUAUAGAAAUAUAAGAUUUAUUAGAGAAAAUAAUAAUUACUCAAAUAUAUAAUAAUUAUGAACAUAAUUUCAGCCUUUACACAAAGGCAAACCCACAAGAAGAUUGUUCUGUUUAAAAUAUGUACUGUGUAUUAAUCCGUAAGC